CCCGCCGAGUGGGUCGCCAUGGUGACGGGACGCGGAGCUGAGCUCGAGGCGGCCUCGAGCCCAGUCGGGCGAGGAGCCGGGACCGCUCGCGGCCAUGACGGACAUCCUGUGCGAUUGGCUGAACAGAGAAGUGAAGCUCUCGCGGGCAGUGAAAAUGGAGUCUUUUGCCAGUGAAUUUUCUUCAGGUUACCUCAUCGGAGAACUUCUCAACAAGUUUGAACUCCAGGAUGACUUUGCUCAGUUUUCGCAAAGCAGGCUUGCCAGUGCAAAACUUAAUAACUUUUCUCGCAUGGAGCCCACCCUUCAACUCCUGGGCGUGCAGUUUGACCAGAAUGUGGCCCGAAACAUCAUGACAGAGCAGCAUGGAGCUGCCACCAAACUGAUCUACCAAUUAUAUGUGGCUCUAGAGAAAAAGAAAAAAGCAGGACUCACUGGAGUUGCCAUGGAUGCAAUGAGACCCUCAGCUCCCGCAAAGCUCAAGAGCGUGGGAACUGAAAUGUAUCGAGAGCGCCUUAAAUCUCUAGUGCCGCGUCAGGUAGACUUGACACUGCAGCAGAUUUCAGACAACUUUCACAGCAAAGCCAAGGACCUUGAAAGUAAGAUAGCUCGGAUGCAAUUUGUGGAGCAACAGCAAGCAAAGAAAGUUCAGGCGGAAAAAAUCGUUGAACAAUUUGAAAAUAAAAUGGUGGAAAAUCGAAGGCAGCAUGAAAUAAUGGCUAAAAUUCAAGCAUCAAUUAUCCAGAUUCCCAAACCAGUACUGCAGCGCCCCGUCAAGGCAAUCGAAGACCAAAAGAUUAUGAGAAGGAGGAAAGAAGCAGAGAUCACCUAUGCAGAAAUUAAGAAGUUUGAAAAGCAGAUGAAGAAAGAGAGUGGCAUGCCUACCAGGCUGACUGAGAGCAUGGUGCAUUCGGUAAUGCAGACACAGGAACUGGAUACAACUCCAGCCAUAACUGACCUGUUGAACACCUACUCAGAUGACGAAUAUAUCAGGAAAAUUCAGAAACGUCUUGAGGAGGAUACUUUUGCCCGCGAACAACGGGAGAAAAGACGGCGGAAAAUGUUAAGGGAGCAACUAAUAGCCCAUGAAGCACAAGAAGAGGCAUAUAGAGAAGAGCAGCUCAUCAACCGGCUAAUGAGACAAUCCCAGCAAGAGCGGAGGAUCGCUGUGCAACUGCUGCACGUGCGGCAUGAGAAAGAAGUGAUGUGGCAGAACAGGAUUUACAGAGAAAAGCAGUUUGAGGAGAGACGGCUCAAAGAAUUCCAAGAAGCUCUUGACAGAGAGGAGGCUCUUGCAAAGCAAGAGAAAAUUGAGCAGGAGGAACAGGCCCUCAAAGAAAAACAGUUGCAUGCAAUGCUUGCUGCCAAAAGAGCUGAAGAUCGCUAUAAGAAGCACUAUUCAAUUUGUUGGGAAGUGGUUGAGCAAAUCAUUGACUUAUCAACUAAAAUAGGAGAAUAUCGAACACUGACAAACAACUUAAUCCCAAUAAAGCUGAUGCGUGACUGGAAAGAGCUAUUCUUAAAAGGAAAGCCGAUUUAUGAGCAAGCUGAGUUUGAAAUGCCUUUGCCAGAUCAACCAACCCCAGGACAAUUAGUAGAACUGGACAAAAUGAAUUUACUAGAUGAAAAAGAUUAUGAUGAAUAUAAGAAAAUGAUUGAGGAGUGGUACCCACCUGAAGAUAUCAGAGCAAAUAAACCUCCACCGGGUAACCCAAUACUGGGCUAUAUCAUUCAUAGACUGUUGGGACUCUUCUAUCCUCCGGAGCCAGAACCGCCUCCACCUGUAUUGUCCCCAUUUCCUAUCAAGGGGUGCAUUUUGGGAAAACUCUUCAGUGGGAAAAGCACCUGCUUAAAGUUCUUGGAAGAAGUUUGCAAUAUCCAGGUGAUGUCAAUUGAUAAAUUGAUCACAGAGGCAAUCCAGGCCUCCAAUGAGAAUGAGCCAGAAAAUGAAAUUAGUCCUCUUCAAGCCGAACUGGAAGUGCCUUCUACAAAUCAGAUUGAAGUCUUGAAGGCAGCUUCCAGGGCUUCAAUAACAAUAGCACAUGGCUUACUGGAUGUGAAAGUCAAUGAGACACCUGAGGUCGAUAAAGAACCUGUGGAACAAUCACCUUCCGCUCAAAUGAUUGAACAAGAGAAGAUGAGUGAUAUUGAGGAUGACAUAUCCAAACUUUCGAUUCGCGCUCAGCUUGGUGCAGCAGCAGAGAGCUUAUUAAAGAAAGGAAAAAGCAUUCCAGAUGAAUUGCUAGUUGGCAUCAUGGUGGAGGCUAUUAGCCGACUGCCACCUGAAAGCGGCUGGAUCUUGGAUGGAUUUCCGAUGACACUGAAUCAGGCCAAACUGCUUGAAAAGGCACUGACAAGGCGAGAUCCUGACCAGACAGAAGCAAUGGCUAAAAACUUUAAACCUGUGUUGGUUCCAGAUCCAUCAGCUCUAAAUGAGCCACCUGUGCAUCCACCUGCUCUUGACUUUGCUAUGUUGCUUGAAGUUUCAGACGACACUGUGCUGAACCGGGUGGCAUUUGUCAAACCCGACUCCCAUCAAGGCAGGCUAGGAGAAGGUGAUCAAAUUUCAGAAGUUCAAUUCCAUGACAGAGAAAAAGAUGAUUCUGUGAGGAGCCAGAUGCAGCACAGAAUUAUAGGUUUCCUGGACACGUGGCCCAAGCUAGAAAACUGGUAUUCUGAGCAGCAAAAUAUAUUAAUAAAGGUCAAUGCAGAGACAGAGGAGGAUCUUUUGUGUCAAAGGGUAAAAGAAAUUUUAACAGAAGAAAUUGUUAAAAUCCAAAAUAAAAGAAAAGAAGAGGAAAAGAGAGAAGCUGAAAGACUGCAAGCUCUAGAAGCUGCCAAGACUUUGCCACAAGAAGAGGUUCCAGCAGUCACGGUAGAAAAAGUGGAGGAACCCGCCCCUGCUUCCUCUCCAGAAGUGCUGGAGCCGUCACCUGCAGCACCUAAAGAGUCCCCCCCAGGAGAGUCACCUAAGAAGGGUAAAAAAGGAAAGAAAGACAAAGGAGACAAAGGAAAAGAAGGUAAACCAGGUACUCCACGGGGGAAAGAGAAAGGGAAGGCCGCUCCAGCUUCAGCUGAAGAAGUAUCGCCUCCCCCUCCUAUAGAGCUACCUCGAAUUAAACCAGGAUCGGAUGAAUGGGUUUACGUUGAUGAGCCACUUCCUCAAGAAGUGCCUGAAUUUCUAGUUCCUUAUUGGGAAACGGUGGAGAAAACCUAUAUGAAUAACAUCAAAGCCACACUUCGAUGCCUCAGAGGUGAACAGCAUGUCAUCAUUCAUUAUCUGUCACAUGCUAGAAAUCAUUUCAGGGAAUUCUUAACACGCCCUGACCACAAGCAGGAGUUUGUGACUCAGUGGCAAGCUGAUUAUAACUCAGUGGCUGAUGACCUGUGGGAAGAUGAUGAAACGAAAGAAGAGCUGCAUCAAAGGGUUACUGACCUAAGAGAUCGUCUGUGGGAUAUCUGUGAAAACAGGAGGGAUGAAGCUGAGCAAGAGCGUAGUGAUAUCAUGAACGAUGGCUGGCUGCCAGACCGAUUGGCACUUCUGAUGAACCACAUCUUUUCACUUAUGCAGAAUGAACUGGACCGUUUCCAGGAUACCAAGAGGCUUUUGCAUGACUAUUACAGAGGAAUGGAAGGCAAAAUCCCAACGGAGACCAGCAAUGAGUUUACCAGAAUACCUUUGAUAGAUCUAACUGACAAAGAACAACCCAUGGAAGAGGGCAAGACUAGAAUAAUUCCUCUGAGUGUUCACAGAGCUGCUUCUCCAGAACCAAAGGACAGGAUGAAAGCAAUUCCAGUCAGGAUCAAGGAAGAUAUGUUUUCUGAAAGUAUAAUCUUUAAUUUUGCCCCAGAAGAAAAACAGAUUACAGAGAUGUGGCACAAUAUUGUAGCCACAAUAUCCAACAUGGUUACGGCUGAAAUACAAGCAAAAGAGGCGGAGGAAGAAAAAGAACGGCUUCAGCAAGAAAUGAAAGAAAAAGAGCGCCAAAAAUCUUCCCAAGCAGAAAAGAAGGGGAAAGAAGGGAAAGGGAAAAAGGGGAAAGGAGGAAAGGAUGCCAAAGGUGGAAAGGAUGCCAAAGGUGGAAAGGAUGCCAAAGGUGGGAAAGAUGCCAAAGGAAAGGAAGGCAAAGAUGCCAAAGGCAAAAAAGGAAAAAAGAAAGGCACUCAUUCUCCACCGGAGCCAACGCCAACGCCAAUUCCUUUAUCCCCGGAGGAACUGAAGAAGCUAGAACUGAGGCUUAAAAUGAAGCAGGAAUAUUUUGCUGCGCUGGAACAUGAAGCGGAGGCUGCGAAAUCUCGGCUUGAGCUGUUGAAAGCCAAAGCACUCGCCUUCACUGAAGAUCUGCAAACGAAAGCAGAAGUAACAUACAGGAAUAUGGAAAAAUGGCUUGGGGAGAGAUUCUUGGUUGAAAUGGCAAGCGUUGACAAAUUAAUUGAGGUUGCCCGCCAACACAUCGAAACCUCUACCAAGAUCCAGUAUGAAUUAGUUCUAGAAGGGACAGAGUUUUACAUUAACGGUGAUGUCAAAGUCUUUCCAGAUCCUCUUCCUCCACCUCGCCCUCCAUCGGUAGAAAUGCCUCCAAAUGGUACUUUAACUAUUUCGCAGCUUAGCACGCUUCAUAAGCAGUUUCUGCAGGUGGCACCUAAAGGUAUAAUACCAAGCAAAACAUUCAUUGACAUUGUUUAUGACUUGAUUACUUUGAAUCUUGGCUCAAACUCGCUUCCUGAUGCUUGGCUACACCUCUCCAUGUAUGAUUUGCAGGGCCUGGCAGCAGCGUUAACAGUGGACUCGGACACUGUGGACUGGCGUAUAUUCUUGCAAGCAGCUUCCCAGCCUUGGCCACUGCCCUCAGUGACGGAGCUUCUCGAAACGCUGCAGAGAUUCCAGGAUGUGGAUGUGGAUGGAUCGGGCUUUGUCACAGAGGAAGAAUAUGAACAGGUCGGUCUGUGGUUUAAAGGCAGUGAAGAUUUACCUGUUCCAGAAAGCCCCACAGAACCUUUUCCAUUUAACCGCCAGGAGCACCUUAUAAAAUUUUUCUUUACUUUAUUUGCUGAUCCUGAAAAAGACCCUCCUCAGCUAAACUACACGGAGAUGCUCCUUUAUUUUGCAUCCGAUCCUGAUUCUGUCGAUGGUGUCUAUCGGGCCCUCAGUGUCGCAACAGGGACACACAUUCACAGGGAAAAACAGAAACUCCCUCCUGUUCCCCAACGGUAUGUUCCUUCUGCUGAGCAGCUGAUAACAAAUGACGGACAGGAUGAGCAGGAAGACGAGGAUGCUGCUGAGGAAGGUGAAGAGGAAGAAGAAGAGAAGGAAAAAGAAGAGGAAGCUGAGUCUUUCACCAAUGAAGGAAACAUAUCUCUAGAUACACUACUCAAAGUGUUUCAGCAUGAAACAAUCAAAGCUGCCGACAACCACAGAUUUAGUGGUUAUCUGAAACCAGAGGAUACUUAUGAGCAUUUCAUUAAGGUAUAUCAGGAUCUUGGAUCCGAAGAUCUGACGCCCAUCCCAGUGGCACUUCUUUUGAAGCACCCCUUCAUUCAAGACUUGAUUAACAGCUACCAGCAGUACAAGCUUCAUACAAUUUACGGGCCAACUGGAAUGCCCGCAUGGCCCAAGCUCAAUCUGGCAAGGUGGAGCAGAUGGAGCACACUGAUGGCUGUGCUCAAAGGGGGCAAAUAAUGGGAUUUACCCUCACGAGUAACAGCUUCUAAAAUAUGAACUAACAAAGGAUUUUAAAUUGAUGUUGCAGACAGCGAACCAAGCAAAUCCAAGUGAUGGAGAUACCGCUGUCAUCCCAAGUUAAAAUAUUAUGGAGUGGGGAGGCUUUCUAGUACAACAAAAGCAUUUCCAAAGGUUGAUCGUUGCUCCGUUGUGGAGCUGUUUACUUCAGUUAGCAUAGUAAUGUUUUGUAUUCACUCUAUUUUAAAUAAAAGUCUAUUUCAGCAAUACAA